AUGCAGGGCGCCGCCGCCGCCGCCGAGGGGAGGAGCAGGGCUUCGCCGGACAAGGCCGACGAGGAGAGCGCCAAGAAGCCGCGCCUGGACCUGCCCGACGCCCACUCCGUGAAGCAAGAGCUCGUCGCUCCAGAUGCGGCCGAAGGAGGAGACCCAGGGGGCAUCGUCGCGGCGGCGGCGCCGUACAGCCCGAGAGAGGAGCUCGCCGUGAGGAUCGACAAGCGCCUGCUCCACUGCCCCCUCUGCACCCUCCCCUUCAAGCCCCCCGUCUUCCAGUGCAAGGCGGGGCACCUGGCCUGCGGCGGCUGCGUCGCCCAGCUGCCCUGCGGCCAGUGCAAGGCGUGCGUGGACGGCGCCGGCUUCUUCGACCCCUGCCCCGCGCUGGACGCCGUCGUGUCCUCCACCAGGAUCGAGUGCCCCAACGCCGGCUGCCCGAGGUACGUCACCUACCACGAGGUCGCCGAGCACCAGACCGCGUGCGCGCACGCGCCCUGCCGCUGCACGGAGCCCGGCUGCGGCUACGUCGGCGCGCCGCAGGCGCUCGCCGGCCACCUCCACACCGUCCACUCGGUGCCGGUGCGCGCCGUGCAGUACGGCAAGGCCAGCCAGCUCCGCGUGCCGGUGUCGGCGCCGCGGCUGGUGCUCCUCGGCGACGACGACAACCGCGUGUUCCUCCUCACCGUGGGCGCGCUCGGCGCCGGCGUGACCGCCGUGUCCGUGGUGUGCGCCAGGGCGAGCGCGGCGACGCGGCCCCGGUUCGCGUGCAAGAUGUGGGUCAACCUGGAGGCAGCGGCGGCGAACGGCGGCAAGGAGGACAUGGUGCUGGUGGACAUGCACAUGAGCAGCAGCUCGUCGCCCGGCGCGGUGGUCGCCGCGGGCGAGCCGACGUUCCUGAUGGUGCCGCCAAUGUACCUGGUGCCAGCAGCAGCAGCAGGGGACGGGGCUGCGUCCAUGGAAGUUCCCCUGCACAUCCGCAUCGACAAGCUCUCUCCUUGGUCCGACGCAUUGGUUUGA